AUGAUGGCCGAGAACGAAGAGAAGAAUGAGCCUGUCACCGAUUCUCCGACCUCUGUUCUUGAAGACGAGGACUGCAAGGAGAGCCCUGGUAUUGAGUUGGAGGUAGAAGUUGAUGCAGAAAAUGGAGGUUGUACUCUUCUUUCAAAAACCAUGGUAGAAGAGGACGAAAAGCUGCUGGAAGUGCGACUGAAAGAAGAAGAUGGAAAGGCUAAUGACUCUAAAGGAGAACCUCUGCUGAAUGACAUCCAGUUCACUAAACUAGACGAGCUCUUAACACAGACCCAACUUUACUCCGAGUUCUUGCUUGAGAAAAUGGAUGACAUCACAAAGAAUGGUCUGGAGGAUGAUGAGAAGGCAGCUAAAGAGGUCAAGAGGGGUCGUGGUUACAAAAGAAAGGCUGCCGCAAGUUAUGAUAAUAGGAAAGCCAAGAGAGCUGUUGCAGCUAUGCUUACAAGAACCAAAGCUGGCGAUUCUACCAAAGAUUUGAGUCUUACGGAGACAGAGAGAAAUCAGAAGGAGCAGGAAGAACUCGUACCCCUUUUGACUGGUGGAAAAUUGAAGUCUUAUCAGAUCAAAGGCGUAAAGUGGAUGAUCUCAUUGUGGCAAAAUGGACUUAAUGGAAUCCUUGCUGAUCAAAUGGGGCUUGGGAAAACAAUUCAAACAAUUGCUUUUCUUGCACAUCUCAAAGGAAAUGGAAUGCAUGGGCCUUACUUAGUCAUUGCUCCCCUCUCCACUCUCUCAAAUUGGCUGAGUGAAAUAGAGAGGUUUGUGCCUUCUGUGAAUGCGAUCAUUUAUCAUGGUGAUAGGAAAGAGAGGGCUGAGAUUAUAAGAAAUCACAUGCCCAGGACAAUAGGUCCCAAAUUCCCUAUUGUUAUUACUUCUUAUGAAGUUGCCAUGAUAGAUGCAAGACGACAGUUCAAGCAUUACAGCUGGAAAUACCUGGUUGUGGAUGAGGGACACAGGUUGAAGAAUUCAAACUGCAAAUUGGUGAAGGAACUGAAGUAUUUAUCUGUUGAGAAUAAGCUUCUUUUGACCGGCACACCUCUGCAAAACAACUUAGCUGAGCUCUGGUCACUGUUGAAUUUUAUUCUUCCCGAUAUCUUUUCGUCCCAUCAAGAAUUUGAGUCCUGGUUUGACUUUUCAGGGAAGUGCACUAAUGAAGCCCUCAAAGAAGAUAUAGAAGAGAAAAGAAGGGCACAGGUGGUUGCCAAACUCCAUGCUAUACUGCGUCCCUUCCUUUUACGCAGAAUGAAAUCAGAUGUGGAACAAAUGCUUCCAAAGAAGAAAGAAAUUAUCUUGUAUGCCACAAUGACGGAACAUCAGAAGAACUUCCAGGAACAUCUCAUUAAUAAGACGUUGGAGGUUCAUUUGGCAGACAAAACAUCUAAUGCUCAUGGAAUGAAAGGAAAGCUCAAUAAUUUGAUGAUCCAACUUAGGAAGAACUGCAACCACCCUGAUCUUUUGGAGUCUGCAUUUGAUGGGUCCUACUUCUAUCCUCCCGUGGAACAGAUCGUUGGGCAAUGUGGCAAAUUUCAAUUACUGGAUAAAUUACUGUCUAAGCUUUUUGCUCGCAAGCACAAAGUUUUGGUGUUUUCUCAAUGGACUAAGAUAUUGGACAUUAUGGAUUACUACUUAAGCGAAAAGGGUUUUCAAGUCUGCAGAAUUGAUGGCAGUGUGAAACUGGUAGAACGAAGAAGACAGAUUAAGGAAUUCAAUGAUGCAAACAGUAACUAUAGGAUCUUUCUCCUGAGCACCCGAGCUGGUGGGCUUGGAAUUAAUCUUACUGCAGCCGAUACAUGCAUUCUGUACGACAGUGAUUGGAAUCCUCAGAUGGAUCUACAGGCAAUGGAUCGGUGUCACAGAAUUGGUCAAACAAAACCUGUUCAUGUGUACAGACUAGCUACUGCUCAAUCUGUUGAGGGUCGGAUACUGAAAAGAGCUUUCAGCAAAUUGAAGCUCGAACAUGUUGUGAUUGGCAAAGGUCAAUUUAAGCAGGAAAGAUCCAAAGCUGAUGGCAUAGACACCAUGACGGAAGAGGAGUUGCUGGCUCUACUCGGUGAAGAAGAUGAUAAAGAGGAGAAAUGGAUUCAGACAGAUAUUAGUGAUGCGGACCUUGACAGAGUUCUCGACCGUUCUGAUUUGGUUCCUUCUGUUAAUUCGUCAUCAGAAAAGGAUGAAAAUAUUAAUGCUGUGCCUCUAAAGGGACCAGGCUGGGAGGUCGUCAUCCCUACUGCUGCUGGAGGCAUGCUUUCAACUCUGAGCAGCUAA